ACUCACAAAGUACCUCCACAGUCAUUUGCAGUCCAAAUUUGCAAGCUAUCUCUUUUCUAUCUAUCUUUCUAAAGUCUACGUUGUUUUGCGUUUCCAGCAACAUGCUUCACCGCCUCCCACAUCCAUUUCUGAGAUCUACCCCUUCUCUUCACUUCCAGAUUGUUCUUCUGGGUCCUUGAAACUGGAAAUUUGCAGGGAGAGUUUCAAUUUUGAAUCUUGCUGCUGGUGAUUCAUUUGGUUGAUUUUCCAUCUGCUUGUUGUUGGGUGGGAUGUGCUGAAGAUUCUUUGACAUGUUGAAGAAAUUACGGUUGGAUUAUUGUUCUUUGCAGGAAGAUGAAAAGAAAGUGAUUAACUUUCUGAGAAUGGAUAGGAGGGAAGGAGUGAAUGAUGGUUUUUCUAGACCUGAACCAAAUGAUUCGCUUCUCCCUGGCCUAAUUGAUGAUGUUGCUCUGAAUUGUCUUGCUUGGGUUAGCGGAUCCGAUUAUGCUUCCUUGUCUUGUGUGAAUAAAAGGUACAGUCAGCUGAUUAAUAGUGGCUAUCUAUAUGGGUUGAGGAAGCAGGUGGGAGCUGUGGAGCAUUUGGUUUAUAUGGUUUGUGAUCCGAGAGGAUGGGUUGCAUUUGACCCCAAGAUAAAUAAAUGGAUGGCGUUACCCAAGAUACCUUGUGAUGAGUGUUUUAACCAUGCAGACAAGGAGUCCUUGGCUGUGGGUUGUGAACUCUUGGUUUUCGGUCGGGAACUGAUGGAGUUUGCGAUCUGGAAAUAUAGCUUGGUUUGUCGUGGCUGGGUGAAGUGUCAGGAGAUGAACCAGCCUCGCUGCUUGUUUGGAUCUAGUAGCCUUGGUUCAAUUGCUGUUGUAGCUGGGGGGAGUGAUAAGUACGGAAAUGUUCUAAAAUCAGCUGAGUUGUAUGACUCUUCAUCCGGCACAUGGGAACUGCUACCAAACAUGCACACACCGCGUAGAUUGUGCUCUGGUUUUUUUAUGGAUGGCAAAUUCUACGUGAUUGGUGGAAUGUCUAGCACAACUGUUUCAUUAACUUGUGGGGAAGAAUAUGACCCCAAGACGAGAAUUUGGCGGAAGAUAGAGGGUAUGUAUCCAUAUGUUAAUGUGGGUGCUCAGGCACCUCCGCUCGUGGCAGUUGUGGAUAAUCAGUUAUAUGCAGUUGAGCAUGUGACUAACAUGGUGAAGAAAUAUGACAAGGAAAAGAACACAUGGAAUGAAUUAGGAAGGCUUCCAGUCCGGGCUGAUUCUUCUAAUGGCUGGGGCCUGGCUUUCAAGGCGUGUGGCGAGCGACUUUUGGUUGUAGGUGGACAGAGAGGUCCGGAAGGUGAAGCUAUUGUGUUAAAUUCAUGGUGUCCUAAGUCAGGGGUCAGGAAUGGCACCAUAGAUUGGCAGGUACUUGGGGUGAAGGAGCAUGUCGGGGUGUUUGUUUAUAAUUGCGCUGUUAUGGGUUGUUGAGAAUCCAAGAUAAUUUUAGAUUGACUCAGCCGAAGAAUCUGCUGGUAUCUACAAUCUGACUUACCCUUGAAGCUGAAGGGUGCUUCCAUGCUCAGUCACCUCAUUUACUAAGUUGUUGUUGGGAUAGCUUUCCCUAGCUGAAAAUUUGGUUUCUUUCUUUUAACAAUGGUUUAACUGGAUGAUGUAUUUUUCAUGUUCCAUAAUUUUAAAUUGCUUUUGAGAUUACUGGGUAGGCUUACAGGGAUAUGUUCUGUUUUCUUUUUCUUAGCCAACUAUGUAAACCAAUAAAUUUAUUGAAUGCAAUUGUAUGCUGCUUUGGUUA